AUGACCGUCACUUCUGAAACCCCCACCGUCGACAACCAGCUCAAGGAGCUCUUUGAAAACGUUGAGAAGAAAUUCAAGUCAACCAACCUCAAAGAUGGAAGCUGGUAUAUUGUGGCCUUGACUUGUAUCGCGGCGUCGCCUGAUCCGGAACUUUCUGCCCAGCUCUACCUCUACCUCCGUGACCAAGAAGGCUUCCCAACCCCCGAUUCCCGCCAGCAACUCGUCAAGCGUCUCAGGGAGACACUGGUCAAGUCCAUUCCGCUCAUCGGUAUAUGCAAGCCAAUUGAGUCGGUGGUGGCCAUUAGCAAGGUUGAGCGCGAGGAGGACCGUGACUAUUCGUGUUCGCGAGAGGGCUGGCAGGCUGAUGCGGCCAACCACGAGCGCGGCAUUGACUGGUUCAAAAAGGUUUACACGCGCAACGCCGGCGACACCAUGGGCAUCUUUGACGCCCACAAGGAUUUCGCCUGGCUCUCGGCCGAUAUCACCUAUGGUCUCUACCUCUCUGACCGCCAGGUCCUCGACGAUAUCGAGACGGAGCUGGUUGUCCUGCCUGCCAUCAUGAUGCAGAAUCUUCCGCUCGAAUCGCACUGGCACAUACGGGGUACGCGGCGGAUCGGCGUGUCCAAAGAGGACACACAGGUCAUUUGGGAUUGCGUUCACAUUAUUGCUGCUCACUUUGGUGUCAAGCUUCACAAAGUCCCGACGGUGGAUGAGGUCGAACCGGAUGUUUAA